CUUUAGUCUCUUGACCAUGAGGCUGGAUGAACCAGUUCUCUGUUGGCGUCUUCACCCUUUGGCUCCUCAAGGAAGUGCACAGAAAGGCUUUUCCUGGAUGAUUCUUCUCCUGGCCAACAUGUGGGUGUUUCCUCCUAUCUACCACAGCUUCCGUGUAGCACGGAGUGGAGAAACGCUGUCUUAGCAACCUGGCCCGCUGUGCUGGGACUUCCAGGAUGAGGCAAAGCUCCUCUCGAUGAGUUCCUCAGCAGAAUCCACACAGCCAUGGAGCCAAGCAGAAGCUGUAUUCCUAUCUGAAAAGCGCCAGGUGAGCUCGGUGGGCCGAAGCCACGUUGUGCCCACCAGCCCCCGCCACCGCCGAGUAAAGGUCGCAUCCACGAGCAUCCUCAAACGAUGACGGAGAAAGUGCUCUACAGCGCGCCAAAGGUCAGCGCCCGGACUCCGGGGGCUCCUAUACUGCCGCCCGAACCCAUAGACAUCAUCCGCGUCAAGGCCCGCUCUCGGAGAGUCAGACUCAACGUUGGGGGUCUAACACAUGAAGUUCUAUGGCGAACCCUGGACCGCCUACCCAGGACCCGUCUGGGACAGCUAAGAGACUGCAACACCCACGAGUCAUUGCUAGAAGUCUGCGAUGACUACAGCCUCUCUGAGAACGAGUACUUCUUUGACCGCCAUCCUGUGGCCUUCUCCUCCAUUCUCAACUUCUACAGAACGGGCAAGCUGCACAUGAUGGAGGAGAUGUGCGCCCUGUCUUUCGGACAGGAGCUGGACUAUUGGGGCAUCGAUGAGAUCUACCUGGAGUCCUGUUGCCAGGCGCGGUAUCACCAGAAGAAAGAGCAGAUGAACGAGGAGCUGAGAAGGGAGGCGGAGACUCUGAGAGACAAGGAAGGGGAGGAGGAGGACCUCGGAUGCUGUCCCGACCAGAGACAGAAGCUCUGGGACCUCUUGGAGAAACCCAGCUCAUCUGUAGCAGCAAAGAUCCUGGCUAUGAUCUCCAUCCUGUUCAUCAUCAUUUCCACCAUUUCACUGUCACUUAACACGCUACCAGAGCUGCAGGUUGUGGAUGAAUUCGGCCAGUUCAAUGACAACCCAAACCUGGCCCACGUGGAAGCGGUGUGCAUCGCCUGGUUCACCAUGGAGUACCUGCUGCGCCUGCUGUCGGCUCCUAAUAAGUGGAAUUUCAUCAAAGCGCCGCUGAACAUCAUCGAUUUGCUGGCGAUUCUGCCUUACUUUGUGACUCUCUGCCUCACCGAAUCCAACAAGAACGUCAUGCAGUUCCACAACGUGCGCCGUGUGGUGCAGAUAUUUCGCAUCAUGAGGAUCCUCAGGAUACUGAAGUUGGCCAGGCACUCCACCGGACUGCAGUCUUUGGGUUUCACUUUACGUAGGAGCUACAAUGAAUUGGGUCUAUUGAUUCUAUUCUUAGCUAUGGGCAUCAUGAUCUUCUCUAGCUUGGUGUUCUUUGCUGAGAAAGAUGAAGACUCCACCAAAUUCACCAGCAUCCCCGCUUCUUUCUGGUGGGCGACCAUUACUAUGACCACUGUUGGUUAUGGAGACAUCUACCCACAAACGCUGCUGGGAAAGAUUGUUGGAGGACUCUGCUGUAUUGCCGGUGUGCUUGUUAUUGCUCUUCCCAUUCCGAUCAUUGUGAACAACUUCUCCGAGUUUUAUCGGGAACAAAAGAGGCAAGAAAAAGCCAUCAAAAGGAGAGAAGCUCUUGAAAGAGCCAAACGAAGUGGAAGUAUCAUUUCGAUUAAUCCCAAAGACGCUUUUGCACGGAACAUGGAGCUCACAGAUGUGUUGGUGGAAAAGAAAGAGGACAGUAAGUGUCCUACAGACAACCAUCUCUCACCUAGUCGCUGGAGCUACCAUAAACAGUAUUCCAACAUGGAGAUAGGCAGCCCCACUCAGUCUAAACAUUACCAGGAAGUGGCCCAAGUGGGUUCCCAUGAAUGCAUCAAACCCUUAACCAACAAAAGCAGCUCCAACGUUACGAUCCUCGACGACAAGACAGCAGAGCAUAAUAAACUUAUAGAGGAGAUGGAGAUGAGCGAGUUGAACUCCGCCCAAAGCCAAGAAACAUCAAAUGCAGGGUCAAGGACAUUCUCUGACACAACUGAGGGUGGAGAAACCAGAAAAGGAAGUUCUGUCCUUCCCGGUGUUAGUAGCAGACAACUACGUGUGCCCCCUCCUUUGGAUCUGAGUCAAAUUAGUGCCAAGAGCGCCGACAAUACCCAGCCGCUGACAACUGUCAAAGAAGGUCCGCAGAACUUCAGCCCCAAAUCGAGCACCACUACGGGCGGCCUCUGCAGUUCCUCCACAGAUCCUAUCAGCAGCAUGCAGAAGACAAGGGCUCACAAGAGUGACUUGAUUGGAGUGCAAGAGGAUGCGCUUAUGGCGGUGACAACACCUUCGACAGCCCCCACCUCCGCAUCCGCCGCCGCUGCUGGUUCGACCAGGCUUGCUCAGCUCCUGUCAGAAGACGCGGCGGCGUCCAGUAGAUUUGCUCCGAGCUCGACAGCGCAAGAAGUUACCUCCCCGUUGGCUCUUCUACAAGCUACGUCUCUGACGGAGCAAUCUGUUAGUCCAAGCAACUCUAAGUUGGAAGGUGAGAGAUUAGAAGGUGAAGGGCAGCUCACAGGAUUAAGCCAUCGGGGGAGGAAUCCCGUGGAUCGCUCAGGCAGCAGUCCUCCGCGGAAGACCGGUAUUCUCAACUGCUCACAGGAACUGGUAACUGUUGAGCCCACCUCAACAGUUAGGGAGGCGUCGCCCCUGGGUAGGGAAAGACAAGAAAACCACAUUCUAGACCGAAGUCCCAAUGAAACUAGCAUGUGAGGCCAAAUCCUUCACAGAACUGAAUGAACUGAUGCCAUAUCCUUUGCAGUCCACAAACCCACUAUCGGUUCCUCUGGAUGGGGGAGUAAAAAUGCGGGGUGCCCGGACACAAUCGAAAUCUCACGUUGUCACAUGGUACUUUAGAGUAUUUACAUCGGCUGUAUCGGUAUAUGGAUUUGGAAUCCAGAUCAGAUUUUCUGAACAUUCAGUUCGGUACAGAGUCGUUAUCGGUUUCCCACGGUACACCUCAAGUGAGGGGCAGGAAGUGUUUAUGGCGUCUACUCGGAAACAGCAAUAGUGCAAGUCCAGCCUGUGGCUAGCGGGAAUGGUGACUAGCUAUCGUGCCAAGAUGGUUAGAGUCUCCUGGGAAACACUUGACCUUUCCCAGUGAAAUAAUCUCAGACACGGACAAAGACGGUGAAUAAGACGCUGGAAUUAUGGAUGGUUCCCAAUGAAUGAUGAUCCCUGAUUGUCGAAGGUGUUGCUUCCAUAGCCAAACACAUGUCUCAGGUAUCUCAGCACACGACUAUGGUGCAUUUAAAAAAGUGCGAAAUCUCAAUGCUUGGGGAAAAAGGCAUGAUUAGUGACGCGUAAAGACGUCAACAUUUUUGAAGCUCAGCAUAUUUAUCACAUAUUUAUAAAUUAUUACCGACCUAUGGGGAAUGGGACAUGUUUUGGGAGGCAAAAACUUUGCUAUUUUUUGAUUAAAAAUAUAUAUAUGUUUGUAUUAGGACUGUUAAAUGAUUACAACUUUUAAUCGGAUGAAUCAAAGUUUUUUUAAUUAAUUAAUCAUGAUUAAUCACCAUUAGGGACUUUUAUUAAAGUCAAAUGUAAUUUAAGGAAGCUGCAUGGUGGACAAGUGGUUAGCGCGCACACCUCACAGCCAGGAGACCAGGGUUCAAUUCCACCCUCGGCCAUCUCUGUGUGGAGUUUGCAUGUUCUCCCCGUGCAUGCGUGGGUUUUCGCCGGGUAGUCCGGUUUCCUCCCACAUUCCAAAAACAUGCUAGGUUAAUUGGCGAUUCCAAAUUGUCCAUAGGUAUGAUUGUGAGUGUGAAUGGUUGUUUGUCUAUAUGUGCCCUGUGAUUGGUGCAUUUUUAAUGCACCAAUCAAUAUGAGACUGGAUAAUGUUAGUAUUAUGCAUGCUAGUAUUUUACCAGGUAAGAGUUUCCCAUUCAGUUAAAGCACAAAUGCUAGUAAGUAAUAAUAAUAGAAUAAAACUGAUGAUGCUAGUGUUUUGGUGCCCCCUAGCGGCUGCAGCAGACUAAGCAGCCACAAUGUGGCAAGAAACAACUCUGCCACAAAAGCUAAGCCAUCUUAUUUUUUUUUGCAUUUUGUUCCUUUACUGUAUCUGAAAUGAAGAGUGACAUUGAAACCCAGGUCCCCCGGCUCCCCAGGAACCGUGACGUUAUAUAUUCAUCUGACAUCAAACAUGGGCGAGUACUUCAUAAUUUUGGGCACAUAUGCAAGCCCAAACAGAGCCUUGACUGAAUGAGAAUAUUGAUGAUGAAGUGAAAUAUUUUUGAGACAAAGUAUACUUUUGGAACCUGCUCAUGACAUAAACAUCCUCUCCACCCCACCAUGACCCAAAGUCAUCACUUUCUAUGUUGUACAUGUACUUUUCUAUGCUCGUAUCGCAUUUAUUUGAGCCCUUUUUACUCAAUAAUGCCUGAAAUAAAAGUAGCUUCUCCAAUGUCAAAGAGGGAAUGGAUUGGGAAGACAAAAAUAACAUUAAAAGCGAACGCUGACGAGGGUACAGGUGUUUGGCGCUUUGGUCUCUAUGAGACUUAUAUACAUUUGCUAUUGUUGUCUUUGUCAAAUUUAACGGCUGACUGCACAAAAAAACGAACGUGGGCCAAGAAACAAGAUGUUGUAUGUACAUAUUCAAACAAUAUGAUCCUUUUAUUGUCACUCAAUGUCAAAUAUAAAAAUACUGACGCCAUACUGAUGCCAUUUUGAUCAAUUAAAAGAUUUACAAAACAAGCUAAAAGCAUCCCAUGUAGACAUGCUGACAAGUUUCACGAAAAAAAACAUCUUUGGAAUACCCAAUAAAGCCUAUUAUGAUUAGUACAGCGGAACCUUGGUUAGCGUACGCCCAGUUAGCGUGUUUUUCUGAUACAUGUCUAAAACAGUUUACGGUUAGUGUACACUGUGGCGUGUUUCUUGUCCUCUUGUGAAUCCACUGUGUGAGUCCAACUGUGUUUUUAGUGUACUUUUAUCACAAAAGCA